AUGGUAUUCCUAUAUGCAUCACAGGAAAUUGUGAUAAAAGUCGAUAUUAAUUGCCAGAUUUGCAAGACAGAUGUACUGAAAGCCGUUGCCAAGCUUACAGGAAUAACUAUGGUGGUUGUGGAUGGUGAGAAGGGAACACUGAGAGUUGUGGGGGAUGUUGAUCCAGUGUUGGUGGUGAAACGACUAAGGAAGGCCGGAAAAGUUGCAGAAAUCAUAAGUGUUGGACCGCCGAAGCCCUCGCAACCUAAGCAAAUCCCAUCUGUAUUCCUUCUUCCUCCAUGUUGUAAUCAGUGUGAGCUUGUUGGUGUAAUCAGCUAUGCUUCUUAUUUUGAUGGUGGAGCGUGCACCAUCCUUUGA